AUGCAAUAUACUAAUGGAAUUCCAGAAUAUAACAUGAAGCUUGAAUAUUGGAUUGAGGCUCUGGAAACUGAGUUCGGAGAUUCAAGACUUGAUGUUUUUGACAGGCACUUUGCCAGCAUUGAUGAAUAUAUUGACAAACUUUCUGCCAUGUGCAACAAGGAUUGGGGCAAGCCCUUAUCCUUGGAAGUGAGACAAUCUCCAAUGACCACCUCUAUUAAUGAGGAGGAUGAGGUCGACCAACUAAUGGACAAUGACAGCCAAUUGUAUGACCUCAGAUGGGCCAUUCUUCCUGCAGACAACAUGUCUACAUCAGGAGAUGAUUCAACUCAAGUUUGGUUGUUCAACACUGGACCUUGCUAUGAUUUUGGAUGGGGUGCAACCACUGAACCAACUUUGGAUGCAGAUGUCAACAAUGAUGGGCCAAUCUAUGAUCUCGGGUGGGGCACCACAUCAACAUCAUGUGAGCAUGCUUGUGUUAGCAUGGACAAUGAACCCAACUGGGUCACUGCAACUCCUGAUCCACAGCAAGAUGUAAUCAAUCUCAUGGAUGAAGAUGAUCCAGCAUACGAUCUCGGCUGGGAUACCAGCACUUCAGGUCCAGACACAAUGCAACAAGAUCUGGCCAUGUUGUCAGAUGAAGAUGAUGAACCAGCCUAUGAUCUUGGGUGGGGUAGACUUCAGGACACCAGCCAAGAAAACAUGAAGUCAAUGUCCCAAAGCCUGACAUCUUCUGUACAUACACCAGUGGACCUGGAGCAUGUGAAUGAUAGACAUAUGUCACCCAAAGUCAAGUCAAGAACCCAAAGCCCAACAUCUUCCUCACCUAUAAUGGAUAUGGAGGAUGUCAAUGGUAGAGACAUGUCACCCGAAAUGCUGGUUUGCAAGAAAAUCACUGGAUGGAGUCCAUCGACCAUGCUGUCAGGGGGGAAUAUGGGCAUCCUUGGCAAAUCUGCUUGCCAAACACAAACCCAUCUUGUGGUGUUGCAGAUGUGCAAAACUGGAUAA